UCUGAAAUUCAUGAGCAGUCAUUGUUUUUGUUUUGACUGAUCGGCACUUAGAAAGUGCGUUAGUCUGUUAAGUGCGAGAUAAUUGCAUUAUCAGCAGAUAUUUUUUUUUGACGUUGAAUUAUAAAUUUAAAUUAGUGAAUCUGUGGCGAAGCUUGCGAAAUGAGCCUUAUUGCAAAAUUGGCUGGCUCUGUUGGAGCGCCUGAGCCAGCAAUACGACUGCUGCUAACAAUCAUUGCAGGUUAUCCGAUAGCUGCAAUAUAUCGUUUGGUGAUUAUGCAUCAGGCGUCCAAGCCAAUUCAUCACUUAUUUUUUGCGCUGUGCGGCUCGUUCUUGUGCGUCUUUAACUAUGGAUUCAAUACAUAUCAUUCGCUAAUCGCCAUAUGGGUUACGUAUUUGUUGAUGCGCUUAUUACAGAAGUCGCCUAAGCACUUAGUGGCGGUCAACUUUGUUUUUCAUAUGUCCUAUCUCCUGAUUGGGUACUUUUUCACCGAAAGUAACGACUAUGAUAUACUCUGGACUAUGCCGCAUUGUGUACUUGUGCUACGAAUGAUUGGUUUCGGCUUCGAUGUUGCUGAUGGACAAAAAGGAAAGGAAUCUCUGUCUAAGGAUCAACAGGAAACGGCAUUAGUUGAUUUGCCUUCAUUACUGGAAUUGACGGCUUUUGCAUAUUUUCCAUGUGCAUUCUUAGUCGGUCCACAGUUUCCCUAUAGUCGAUAUAGACGUUUCGUCGAUGGUGAAUUUAGGCAGUGCACGGGAUUUGUACAAACAGGAGUAAAGCGUAUGUUAGUAGGAAUUCUGUACUUGGCUAUUCGGCAAGCAGGGUCUAUGGUGAUGCCUGAAAGUUACUUCCUGACAGAUGACUAUCGAAACCAAUCGUUUAUUGUGCGUCUUAUAUAUUUGGGUAUAAUGGGUAAACUCACCUUGUACAAGUAUAUCUCAUGUUGGUUGCUCACAGAAGGCGCGCUAAUGUGCCUGGGUUUCACAUAUGCUGGCAUGAAUGAUAAAGGUGAGGCGGAUUGGUUUGGUUGUUCUAAUGUAAAACUAAUUCUUCUGGAAACUGGGAACACUAUGGGCCACUAUGUGCAAUCUUUCAAUGUGAACACAAACCAUUGGGUGGCACAGUACAUAUACAAACGACUCAAAUUUCUCAACAAUCGCACAAUAAGCUACGCUGCAGCUUUGGGAUUUCUAGCAGUGUGGCAUGGUUUCCACAGUGGUUACUACAUGUCUUUUCUAAUUGAAUACAUGAUUGUCUCCACAGAAAAACAAAUUGAAACUGUUUACGAGAAGGACGUUUUGCCACAGUACGGCCAUAUACUGAAUGCAUCGGUACCGUUUAAGUGCCUAAAAUUCGCAGCUUUAAAAUCAUAUAACAUAAUUUACAUGGGCUGGUGUCUAACACCUUUCGUAUUUCUAAGCUAUUCACGUUGGAUUAGUGUCAUGUCGGCUGUUAAUUACUUUGGGUUUGUGUACAUGGCCAUUUGGUUCUUAAUUUAUAAAAUUUACCAAUUUCAAAAACGCUCAGCAAUGAAAUCAAACAACGUUUUACAAGUACAGGAUUCUAAAAAUUCUGAAAAUGAGAAAAAGGAUAGUUAAUUGGAUAGUUAACGCACUUACAAUUUAAUGUGAAAUAAAUAUCAUUUAAGGACUUAAAUUGCAUGUAAGCGAUGUGACUGCAAUGAUUGCUAAUCAUUGUUUUGUUCCUAUGGAAAAUGAAAGACAUUUUGAACCCUAUACUCUACAUUUAGAUAGUCUAUGUUUCAUCAAUAUAAAAUUUUAUAUAUUCAAUUAUCUUGACUAAUUAAUAGAAUUAACAUUUGCGAUUUUUAGAACUACUAGCAGCUUACCAUAUAUAUAAAGACGCUAUAUUUCUAAGUGUAUUUGAAAACAUUUUUAACUAGAACUAUUGUAUAAUGAUUCGAACCCAAUGAGUUAGGUUUAUCAUAAGCAUCAAAACCAAACUGUUUACUUAAUUAAGUCUUUAAUAUAAGCAAUCGCGUUACUUAUCUAAAGUUUAAAGUAUCUAAAUUAAUUUUGCAAUUAUCACAAUCGACUAGAUGUACUUGGAACAAUAACCGGUCACUGCAACUACUGGAACAGCACACUUUUUUUGGCCGAUAUAUGUAUUUAACAAUAAUUGUUAUAUACUCAUAUUUCAUCAUUAAGUAUUUCUAUAUAAUAUAAAAGCUUCGUACUCUGAUAAUUUAAUUAUGCUAGUCUAGUUUUUUCAAAUUAUUAUUCGAUUUCUUAAGUAGCGAUUAGAAGUAUAAAAGGUAGAUGUGUAGCGUAAUUAUAAACAAUUGGUUGGAAACAAAAAGUAGUUUUAAGCUUUUAAAAAAAUGUGAAGAUGCAAGUCAUUUAAUUAUUGAAUUGAAACGCAGGAAUAAUUUUUAAUAUAAAUAUUAAGAAAAGCUGUAUUUUUAUACUGUAAACUGCAAGUGAGAAUUUUAGAAUUUAGUGCGCGCAGCAAAUGCUAAGUCAAAUAUAUUUUUAAAAAUAAAAUAAUUUCAAAAACGACUUCGUGUUAAUCAAUUAAGCAAUAGCGAAGUAAGAUGUAUUAUUUAACAAUUAAGCAAAAAUAGACUAUGUAGAAAGAGUGGAUACAGUAUAGAAAGAAGACUUAUUAGUGUUAUUUUUCAAUUGAGAUCUUAUAACUA